AUGUCAAUGGCUGCACGUGUUGCCUCUGUAGCAUGUUCGAGUAAAGAGUGCACAGACAAAGUCCUUGCGGUGUUACAACGCGUCUAUUACGAAAUAUGUGAUAUCGCUAAAAUAAACCCCGAAUCAGCCGACAAUGGGUUUGUUUCUUCACCAUCGCCCAAUGACUUUUCGGUUAAUUAUCCUAGUUGUGUCAUCAACGUUAAGAAUAUACCGUCGCGUCCUGGAAAGAAGACUCAAUCAACAUCAGAAUCGAUCCCACAAAGCAAAUCGAUUGAUAAUCAUAAUUCGCAUACUGACACGCUAAUACAACAAGAGCAAGAGCACCGAGUUACCUCUGCACUUGAAUAUACGGCAAAUACAGAGAAGUCUCCAACGUGUGAAGAAGCUAGAAUUCAACGGCAACUGUUGGUUACAAAAAUGGACGAAUCCGUGUUUACAAAUUAUUCAUCCACUAUCGUUGAUAAAGAAUCUACUGUGAGUGAUGCAAGUUCCUUUGGCAGUUGUAAUGGCGUAUUUCAGUUCGAACAAUCUGUGAAAGAAACACAUUCGAAUGAAUUGAUUGUGAACGAAGAUUCGGGGGUCCAAUUGACGUCAAUCGAUAACCUGAAUAAGAUUGAUCAGAAUAUGAAAGGUUUACGGUUUUUCGAGUCUCGGAAUGUCGAUUAUACGAGCGAAGUCAAAUCGAGUAGCGAUGAAGUAGACAAUGACGUUCGAUUCGUUAUUCCCUCAAAUGCGGCUACUUCGGUCUCAAAUGGAAGUCCACAGAUGUCAUUUGUUUCCUCAGAUCCGUACCAUUGGGCGCUGUAUCAUCCUUCGAUGCGCCAACGUAUUCAGUCAUCACGUUUAUCAUUUGCGUUCCCAGAACAACUUAAUAUUGCCACUUCAAUGCAACGCCAAUCGUCGCUAAAUUAUUCGCAGCAAUACUCGCAGACGUGUUCGCCACAAUCUAUCCCACAUAUCCAGCAUCAUACAUUGUCCUCAGACCAAUUAUCAGACCACGCGCAACAGUACCAGCAAACGCAUUAUAGCAAUCUCCAACCGGUGUGGUAUUCUUAA